AUGUGUACAAUCUUAAAAUCUUUAGAAAGCAGUUUGAGCAAGCCAAUAUCUCUCAGAGCAUUUGUACAAUUCGACAGUCAAUUUACAGAAAAAGUAAACGACAUUUUUGUGACAUUGAGAUGGAAAAAACCAAAAUUUGCCGAUGAAAUAAUACAAGUGUACCAAGUGCAGUGUUCUUUCUUCGAGAACUUUAAAGAAACCUGCGACGAUAAAAAUAUCACAGCUACAAAAUUGGAGCACACAGUGCACAAUCUAACAUCUAACACAACAUAUUAUUUUCGAGUACGUGCGCAUACUAAAAUUGUUGCUGGUCCUUACACGGAUUUAAUCAAUGUGUCGACUACACAUGAAAAUCCAAUACCUAAAUUAUUAUUCACAUCCAGAAAUGGCAUGCAAAUAUUGGACAUGGAUUUAAACAUUACUAAUUUCUUAACGUCAGAAUAUGUAGGAUAUGUCACUUAUUCGAUACAAGAACAUAGAAUUUAUUGGAGUAUCGAAAAAGACCUAAUGACAUUGAAGAUUAAUGAAAAUAAUAUCACAAAAAUAGCUAGCUUUGAUAAGUAUCUAUAUAAUCUCUGCAUUGACUGGGUAGCAAGAAAUCUAUAUUUCAUGUAUGAUGGAUACGAUGGGUAUGAUGAUGAAACCUACUCUUAUACUGUAAAGUUCGACUUAACAAUGUGGGAAAAUGGCAUAAUUAAAUUUGAUGAGAUUAUCAAAUCAUCAAACGUUAAUAUUGUCAUUUUAAAAGUGUUACCGUCUAUGGGAAUUUUAAGUUACUUAUCAUACAAUUGGGCGAAUAAUGAAUAUAGUAUAAUAGAAUAUAAUUCCGAUAAAAAAUUUGAGAAAAUUGAUUUGACAUCACUCGACUAUACAUUCUUGUGCCUAUUUCAUGAUGAAGAUACAUAUGUUUAUAGAAUAAAUGAAAACAUAAAUAAUGAGGAGCCGUUAGCUUACUGGUUUCUUUAUAAUCACAUAUUUGUGACAGACACUAACGCUUCUAUAUGCAGUAAGAUUUUAUACAAGGAAAACAUAAGUGAUAUCUCCAGUUUCGUAUCUAAGACGAAUGACAAAAGAAACAUUUACAUUUUAGCAUGUGAUGAUUAUAGCGAUGAAUUUUGUCUUUAUACUUUGAAAAAGAUAUAUGCAAGUCUCAAGAGCGUAAAUGCAGCCGAAUACGAAACGAAAAUAUACUCAGAACAAAUCAUUUAUAAAUUUUACGCUUUAGAUAAAUCUGUACAACCAUAUCCUCCAAUGAGAUGUCUAACACCUGACGAAAAAGUUUACAAUUUUGAGAAUAUGAAUGCAACGGCAAACAGCAUCGUUGUAAAUCUUCCGGAGCCGGUUGUAAAGAGUGGAUGCAAAAAAUAUAAUUUACCAACUACUAUAUAUACUAUCUCUAUAAGCCAUUGUUUAGACAACAACCUAGACAAGUCUAAAAAAUUCAAUGUGCUGCAAUAUGUGACGUGCGAGCGACAUUACGAGAUUCAAAACUUAAUGCCAUUUACAGAGUACAAAUUGAAGUUUACUUUAAGCAAUUUUUACUUUGAUCAAUUAUCAAUAAAUCCAAUCAAUUCGAAUGUGAUAACAUUAAAAACUAAUUCAGGCAAGCUUAAUGCACCAGAAAACAUAAGUGUUUUAGCUUUGACGCCUCCUGUAGCAGUAGUUCAUUGGAUGCCACCCAAGCAAUUAAACUGCGUGAGCGUGAACUACGAAGUGCAUUGGAAGUCAGUUAUAUUAGUAAACGGCAUUCAACAAAAGAGCAAACUAUUUAUUAAUAUGCCGAAACGUAUGGUAGAUGGCAGAUUUUUCACAAAGAUUAACUUGUCGCUACCAGUACAAAAUUACUUCAUAUACGUGCGUGUGUAUCCAACUAAUUUCAGCGAUUUCUACAACGAGAGUUUAAACGAGAUCAUUCACAUAUCCUCAGAACCAAACAAUAUUACUUUGAGCGAGGUCGACAUAAAUAGCAUGAACAUUUCAUGGAUCUCCAACAUUAAUUCGACGAUCUUUUUUACACUAGAGUACGAAGAUAUUGCAGCAGAAAAGUGGCAAACAAUGAAUUAUACUGAAAUAAAUUAUAACAAUAAAGUAAUGUACCAUGUCAAAAAUUUACAAUCGGGAACUUUAUACAAGUUUCGCUUGAUAUUGAGAUAUCUCGAAUUUGAGGAAACUUUUAUAUGGCCGGCUGAUGAAAGAUUUAUUUUUUCAACACUUGAUAUUCCGAGCACUCCUGGAAUAACAGUGAAAAAAUAUUACUUAUUUUUCACGUUAAGUUUUAUCGUUAUAAUUACUAUAAUCUGCGUCUGCUACUUUUAUUAUUUGCAUCGUCAAAGCAGAGGUAAUAAUGAACAAUUUUUGUCUUCACCAAUCGAUAUGGAAUUGGCGAUUCUACCUUGCCGAAACACUCAAUUCAAUAUGAUUUUUAGUCCUAUGUUACAUUAUAAUCCGGAUGAAUGUGAGAUAAUUAUAGUCGCACGUAAACAGAUUACACUUACAAAACGGAUUGGUAGCGGCGAAUUCGGAAAGGUGUUUCACGGAAAGGUGAAAAACUUAGAAAGAUCGGGUACAGAGAUAUCCGUUGCAAUAAAAACGCUUCGAAAGGAUGCUUCUUCCUAUGAGAAAAAGAAAUUGAUAAAGGAAGCCAAGCUUAUGAAUCAUUUUCGACACAAACAUAUAUUAAGACUGUUGGCCGUUUGUUUAGAUGGAGAUUCUCCGUUACUAGUGUUGGAAUUGAUGGAAAUUGGUGACCUGUUAAAGUAUUUGAGAGAAUGUCGAAAUUUGCAAAUGUCAGAUUCGCAUGCUCUGCGUUUGCAAGAUUUGUUCGCUAUGUGCGAAGAUGUUGCGCGAGGUUGUUGUUACUUGGAAGAGUUGCGUUUCGUACAUAGAGAUCUAGCGUGUCGCAAUUGUUUAGUAUCUUCGAGAAAUCGCGAGGAUCGUGUCAUCAAAAUUGGAGAUUUUGGGCUAGCUAGAGAUAUUUACAAGGAUGAUUAUUAUCGCUUGGAAGGAGAAACUUUGCUUCCUGUUCGCUGGAUGGCACCCGAAUCUUUGAUGAUCAGAAAAUUUACUUCUCAAAGCGAUGUUUGGUCAUUUGGGGUAUUAAUGUGGGAAAUUACAUCGUUGGGUGAGCAACCUUAUAGUGUCAAGACUAAUGAAGAAGUGGUAAAUUAUGUACGUGCUGGAGGCAGGUUACCGAUGACUCUUAACUGUCCGUCACCAUUGUACCAGUUGAUGCUAAGUUGCUGGUGUGCAGCGGAUGCUAGACCAAAUUUCAAAUUUUGUCUGAAAAAUAUUAUAGCAUUAAGAAAAAACAUAGAAGAUGCCUUACUAAGUCCAGUCGAUACUAUUUAGCCGAUAUACUUAAAUGAUUGCUUAUCUUAUUUUCCAAACGACUCAAUAAAUCUUAAUGUAGAAAAAAUAUUUCUAGGAUAUUUCUAAAUUGAUUCUGAUCUGAUUAUUUUUAUGUUUAAUCUUAAUGUUACAUGUAUCAAUGAAAUU